UUUGCGUCCUAGCGUCAUCUGUACGUGUUACGUAACGAAGACGCUUGUAAAAAGGCUGAGCCGGGCGGAAGACUCGGAGUGUCAAGCGGCAGACUGAGAGGAAAGUUGCCUACCUGAGUGUUAUACUUUCUUUCACCGCCGUCUUAAUCGUUUGAAUCUCGUCAGUAAACCAACAUGGCUAACGGAAUCGUGGAAAUUCAUGAUGUCUUAUCCAAGGAGAACAAUCGGACGGACAGCACAAACUGUGACCCUAAAUCUACCUCAGACAUGGACAACAUGGCGGACACGAUGGAGUUCAGAAUCCUCAUGGCCUAUGCCAAGAGGAGACGAACGACCAGGGACGCCGAGUCUACUAAACAGGACACCCCGACCGAGCCAAACGGUAGCACACCUUCAUCACCUCAGACGCCAGCCGGGAAUGAAAAAGACGAGGAGAAGCCCAAGGAGGUCAAGAAGAAAAACAAAGGAAAACGUCUGUUGAGAAUUUUCAGCUGCAUCAAACCUCGGACAAAAGACGAAGAACCCGUCCAGACUCCAGCAAGAGAACCUGAUGUUGACAACAGAUGUGGCCAAUUAACAGAUGAUGAAGUAGAAACGAAGGAUGAGGUGGAGCAUGUGGCAAGUCUGCUGACAGAAAUUGCCGAUGAAAUCCCAUUCAUUCCGCCGGAAAUCGAGGAAGACUCGGCUCCAGAUGAUGUGGAGAAAGUGAUCGGCCUGUUGCUGAGGGAGGCGGGAGACAAACUGAACGAGGAGGAGCUGAAGAAGGUUAAUAUCACUGCAGAGAUUUUCUCGAACUACGGUUUCUUUAAGAAGCUAAUGGAAGCCCUCCUUGUGAAGAUGGGCCUGAUCUCCGAACCCGACAGGCUGGGACCAACAGCAUCACCCAAAACCCAGAUCGCUGUGUGCUGCGAGGUCACCAGUCGUCUGUCUGCAGUGGACACGCUGCCCAUGAGCCGAAUGCUUUACCAUGGAGCCAGAUACCUGCAGGAUCAUUAUUCAUCCUGGGCACAGCAGCAGGGUGGAUAUGAGGAAGCUUUUGACUGUGACGACAAGGACGACGACCAGUGAAGUGAAGUGAAGUGAUUUUAGAACUCAGCGGCGCCCCCUGCAGCCGUGACACACCUGUCAAGAGCUGCUAACCCACUUAAAGCAUGUCCUGUGGUUUGACUUGAAGUGGAGAGCUUUAGGAUCCCACCGUUAUCACACCUCAACUGUACAUAACUGUCAGCGUAGAAAUCCGAACUCUUAGUGAGAAGAUUUUUUCAGGGGUUUUAAAUAUAGGAUGAGGACCAAAAUAAGACUCAGGGCACCGUUUCUGUUUACAUGCUGAACAACUGAGACCUUUUUAGUAUAUUUGUAUGAAUUGGAAUAAUAUUAACCAACAAUUUAUCAUUCAAUAUGUGAUGUCAAAGUCUUACUGACAAGCUGGGCUCUGAGAAAAUAUUAUUUUUGUACCACUAAUGAAUGAUCAAGUGUUUUGAGUGUUAUUUCAUGAAGCAUUAUAAUGAAAUACAUUUUUAGAUGUUUUUCAGCACUUGCACUUUUUUUUAGUAGAAAUGAUUAUCUUUUGAGAAUAAAUGGUUGAUUUUAUAUAUUUUUGCUUAUUUGUAUUUCAUAUAGUAACGUACUUGUUACAUUUGCAUUUUUUAAAGUGUAAUUGUGCCAAAGAAAUCUUGUGUGUAUUGUGUAAAUUUGUCCAUUUUUCUACGCAAGUUUUAGUAACUGACUAAAGAAGGAUGCCUUUACUGUCCGGCUAAAGGUUUGUCUGUAUAGCGGAAUUAAAGAAAACUUGAAUGUCACAUGAAGACCAAAGCUGGAAGUGUAAAUGGAGAAACUUCCUGUAUGAAUGAAGCAAGAAAUAAAUUAAUUGUUAAAAUUGG